GUCAUCCUUGCCGAACAAGCCUCUCCCUCUCGCCCACUCUGCAGCGAGAUGCAUCUUUCUUCCUUAGGAAGUUGGACGGUGGUCCACUCAUAGCUGGGAGGCUAUCUUUUCCGGAAUUACAACUCGCAAAUAUGUGGGACGACAGCCAUGUGCAAUGUGCGCACCGCGAACUCCCGCAGCAACGGCGCUCCUCAAUAUCAGCAUCCGUUACUUCCUGCAGACGAACCGAUUCGAUUCGAUCAUCUAGCGCCACAAACGCAACGCUCUAGAAGGACAAUCGACACAAGAGCCAUUCUGCCACGCGAGUUCCCCACUAAGUGGAGGGUUGAACAACCCGGGGCAGUGUGCCUGUCCUUCACAACAACACCCACAGGGACGCCCUUAACGGCGAACGUUGGGGCAGCGACUAUGGCUGAUCAGUGCUUACGAGCCAUCGCGUCAAGCUGCUCGCCCAUCACCUUCAGGUGUGUGAACAGGUUUUCUAUUCGCCCGUCCGUCGACGCUGCUUAUCCGUCACCCAAUUUUUGGUGGAGCCGGCAUGUCUGAGACUGCAAAGGGCGCAGAAAGCCGCUCAGGAUCUGGGACCUGCUGGCCCGCAUUUAUGUGCAGGCUGAGAUACCUGGCCCCAGUCUGAUAAUCUCUUCUGUCGCGCUUUCCUUCCCUCUAGAUCUCUUGAUCGUUGCAUACGAGGCGCCAGCAACAUGAACCGCGCUCUUCUGGAGCCUGGAACCACGGCCGUUUGAGAAAUAGUCUUCAUGGCGGCCGGCGGUGACACCGAUUCUGCUUAUGCUGAAAGCAUAGGCGCCUAUUCCGAGAAUACUUCUGCGUCUUCGAGCGUAUUUGACUUUCAGUACGAGAAUGGCCGCCGGUACCAUUCCUACAAGGCCGGGCAGUAUUUUGCUCCCAAUGACGAGCAAGAGCAGGAAAGACUCGACCUUCUUCACCACGUUCAGUCCAUGGUUCUCGGCGGAGAGCUCUACAAAGCACCGAUCAAGACGCCCCAACGCAUUCUCGACAUAGGCACCGGCACUGGAAUUUGGGCAAUCCAGAUGGCCGACAAUUUCCCCAUGGCAGAGGUUGUCGCCACGGAUUCAUCCCCGAUUCAGCCGACUUGGAUCCCGCCCAAUCUGGAAUUUCUCAUAGACGACUGCGAAUCAGAGUGGACGUUCCAGCGCGGGUUUGAUUUUAUUCGUCUUGGACAUAUGGGCGGCAGUAUAGCGGACUGGGAAAAGCUAUUUCAGCAGUGCAUAGAACACCUCAGACCAGGGGGAUGGGUCGAAAUCAUCGAUUUUGAAGCAUGGGGCAGCACGGACGAUAAUAGUCUUCCUGAACAUUCAUUCUGGCAUACGUGGCAAACCGAACUCAGCAACGCGGCAGAGAAAUUCGGCCGCACAAUGAACAUAAGCCCACAAAUCAAGGGUCUGGUGGACCGAGCAGGGUUUCAAGAUGUGGUCCACGAAGUUCACAAGGUUCCACUGUCCCCAUGGCCCAAAGAGCCCCGUCGAAAGAAUUUGGGUGUAAAUAUGAACAUGAUAAUGACCGAAGCAAUGCAAGCUUACAGUCUGGCACUGUUCACCAGAGUACUGUGCUGGGAGCCUGCAGAAGUCGAGGUCCUCCUGGCUGGGGCAAGAAGAGAUCUGAACAACCCUGAUUACCAUUUGUAUACUCGAUUGCAUGUUGUUUACGGGAGGAAGCCGCCACGACCAGCGCCGGCGCCUUGAGAGAUAUCAAAAGUUCUGGGAUGGGCAAAAAGGCAAUGUCUGUUUACAGGAAUCAACGGUGGCUGGUGGGAUCUCCGUUGCAGUUUUGGAGAGACAGCCACGUGGAGGAAGGAGCCUUGGGUAAUGGGAUCUCUCUGGGAUAUUGCGCGGGAAAUGCUUUGUGCUCUGGGUGUUGUUCGUCUUGCAAGGGAAGAAAGAUGGCGUUACGAACGGGUGGUAAUAGUGCAGCAGUUUGUAGCGGUGCAAAGAAUAGGGUGUGAUUGAA